AUGCCCCGCCACCACGCGGGUGGAGAGGAGGGCGGCGCCGCCGGGCUGUGGGUGAGGAGCAGCGCGGCGGCCGCGGCGGGCGGGGGGCGCCUGGGCAGCGGCAUGAAGGAUGUGGAGUCGGGCCGGGGCAGAGUGCUGCUGAACUCGGCCGCCGCCAGGGGUGACGGCCUGCUGCUGCUGGGCACCCGCGCGGCCACGCUGGGCGGCGGCGGCGGCGGCGGCAGCGGCGGCGGCGGCCUGAGGGAGAGCCGCCGGGGCAAGCAGGGGGCCCGGAUGAGCUUGCUGGGGAAGCCGCUGUCCUACACCAGUAGCCAGAGCUGUCGGCGCAACGUGAAGUACCGGCGGGUGCAGAACUAUCUCUACAACGUGCUGGAGAGACCCCGCGGCUGGGCGUUCGUCUACCACGCGUUCGUUUUCCUCCUUGUCUUUGGUUGCUUGAUUUUGUCAGUGUUUUCAACCAUCCCUGAGCACACGAAACUGGCAUCAAGUUGCCUCUUAAUUCUGGAGUUCGUGAUGAUUGUCGUCUUUGGUUUGGAGUUCAUCAUUCGAAUCUGGUCUGCAGGUUGCUGUUGUCGGUACAGAGGAUGGCAAGGAAGAUUGAGGUUUGCUCGAAAGCCCUUCUGUGUUAUAGAUACCAUCGUUCUUAUUGCUUCAAUAGCAGUCGUUUCUGCAAAAACUCAGGGUAAUAUUUUUGCCACGUCUGCUCUCCGAAGUCUACGUUUCCUCCAAAUUCUCCGAAUGGUGCGCAUGGACCGCAGGGGCGGGACUUGGAAAUUACUGGGUUCCGUGGUUUAUGCCCACAGCAAGGAAUUAAUCACAGCGUGGUACAUAGGAUUUCUUGUUCUUAUUUUUUCAUCCUUCCUUGUCUAUCUGGUGGAAAAAGAUGCCAAUAAAGAGUUUUCUACAUAUGCAGAUGCUCUCUGGUGGGGCACAAUUACAUUGACAACUAUUGGAUAUGGAGACAAAACUCCGCUAACUUGGCUGGGAAGAUUGCUCUCUGCAGGCUUUGCACUCCUUGGCAUUUCUUUCUUUGCACUUCCUGCCGGUAUUCUUGGCUCAGGUUUUGCAUUAAAAGUCCAGGAACAGCACCGCCAGAAACACUUUGAGAAAAGAAGAAACCCAGCUGCCAACCUCAUUCAGUGCGUUUGGCGGAGUUACGCAGCUGAUGAGAAAUCUGUUUCCAUCGCCACCUGGAAGCCACACUUGAAGGCCUUGCACACCUGUAGUCCUACCAAUCAGAAGCUAAGCUUCAAGGAGCGGGUGCGCAUGGCCAGCCCCCGGGGACAGAGCAUCAAGAGCAGGCAGGCCUCGGUGGGCGACCGCAGGUCCCCGAGCACCGACAUCACGGCCGAGGGCAGUCCCACCAAAGUGCAGAAGAGCUGGAGCUUCAACGACCGGACCCGCUUCCGGCCCUCGCUGCGCCUCAAGAGCUCGCAGCCCAAGCCGGUGAUGGACGCUGACACAGCCCUUGGCACGGAUGACAUCUACGAUGAUAAAGGAUGCCAGUGUGAUGUGUCAGUGGAAGAUCUCACCCCACCACUCAAGACUGUCAUUCGAGCUAUCAGAAUCAUGAAAUUUCAUGUGGCAAAACGCAAGUUUAAGGAGACAUUACGCCCAUAUGACGUAAAAGAUGUUAUUGAACAGUAUUCUGCAGGUCAUCUGGACAUGCUCUGUAGAAUUAAAAGCCUUCAAACACGUGUUGAUCAAAUUCUUGGAAAAGGUCAAAUCACAUCGGAUAAGAAGAGUCGAGAGAAAAUAACAGCAGAACAUGAGACCACAGAUGAUGUCAGCAUGCUUGGCCGGGUAGUCAAGGUUGAAAAACAGGUCCAAUCCAUUGAGUCAAAGCUGGACUGCCUGCUAGACAUCUACCAGCAGGUCCUGCGGAAGGGCUCUGCCUCGGCCCUGGCCCUGGCGUCCUUCCAGAUCCCGCCUUUCGAAUGUGAACAGACAUCUGACUAUCAGAGCCCUGUGGACAGCAAAGACCUGUCCAGUUCUGCCCAAAACAGCGGCUGUCUAACCAGAUCGGCUAGUGCCAACAUCUCCCGAGGCCUGCAAUUCAUUCUGACACCAAAUGAGUUCAGCGCUCAGACUUUCUACGCACUUAGCCCUACUAUGCACAGUCAAGCGACACAGGUGCCACUGAGCCAAAGCGAUGGCUCCAACGUGACGGCCACCAACAACAUUGCACACCAAAUCAAUGCAGCCCCCAAGCCGCUAGCCCCCACAACCUUACAGAUCCCACCUCCUCUUCCAGCCACCAAGCACCUGCCCCGGCCAGAGACCCUGCACCCAAACCCCACAGGCCUGCAGGAGAGCUUCUCCGAUGUCACCACCUGCCUUGUAGCCUCCACGGAACAUGUCCAGGUUGCCCCAUCAAAGCUGACGAAGGACCGUGCUCUGAGGAAAAGCUUUGACAUGGGUGGGGAAACUCUGUUGUCUGUCCGCCCCAUGGUCCCCAAGGACUUGGGCAAGUCUUUGUCCGUCCAAAACCUCAUCAGAUCAACAGAGGAACUGAGUUUACAGCUUUCAGGGAGUGAGUCAAGUGGCUCCAGAGGCAGCCAAGAUUUUUAUCCCAAAUGGAGAGAAUCUAAAUUGUUUAUAACUGAUGAAGAGGUGGGUCCGGAAGAGACAGAGACAGACACUUUUGAGGUGACAGCACAGCCGGCCCAGGAAGCUACUUUUGUGUCAGACUCUCUAAGGACUGGAAGAUCGCCAUCAUCUCAGAGCGUUUGUAAGGCUGGGGAGAGCACAGAUGUCCUCAGCUUGCCUCCCGUCAAGCUGAAAUAAGAUCUUCAUUUUCUUUCUAGACAUAGCAGUUCCUUUAGCCAUACAUAUCAUUGCAUGAACUAUUUUUGAAAGCCCUUCUUAAAGAAAAAAAAAAAAGAAGUUGACAUUGCAAGAAUCAGGAAGUCCAGGAAAGGCCAUUUCUGAUAAGCCCAUUAUCUUUUCAUUUGCAUGCAAAUGCAUGUCUGGGGAUGGCUGAAAUUCCAAGGUGCAUCAACAUAGAACCUGCUCAUUUACUCAUGUACCUUUGAGUUUACAAUCCUGAAAAAACCUAGCAUUGCUAACGCUUACAGGGUGUACGAACUUGCCAAGAUUAGAUCAAGGACAAGAAUUGACGCAAUAGUUUUGAAAUUGUGGGAGUAAACACCUUCAAAUUUCAGGCAUUUCUGCUUUGUGAUUCAGUACAAAAUCAUCUUUAAAAUUAGGCCAUAACGUCUAAACACAAUAACUAUCAACAGCUGCUCUUAAGGAAUCAAGGAAAGCAGAAUUUGAGGAUAAUAGAAAUGGCUGUGUCCUUCAAGAAAUCUCUGCCAACCUAUUUCUACUCAGUCUUUUUCUUAUUAAUGUAUUUUGAAUGUCAGUUUGUGUGCUUUUUAACUUUUUUUAAUUUAUUUUUUUAUUUUUUGGUGAUUUAACGCUGUGGCAAGCAGUGCUACGCAUCCUUUUCAUGUUGUCCUUUACAAUGAGAAUGUUUUUCAAUGAGGAAAAAAAAAAGUGUGAAUCAUGACAUUUGAGGCCAGUGGGGUGAAUAGACUGGCUUUUUGACAUAUCUGACAUUCCCAGGGGGGCCAAAUCCACUCUAACUGGUCAAGCUUCUACACAUGCAUAUGAAGCACUGGUCAGUGUGACACCCAGCAUGACUAGGCUGGUUUCUCUUCAGUGGUAUCAGCUCCAGGCUUGCCGAUCCUGUCCACAUACAAAUGCCAAUUUAAAAUGGGCACCUUUGGUUCACAUCUG